CUAUUUUGGUGAGUCAGGAAGAAUUUGGCUAUCACCCUGUUUGUACAUGAGAGACACCAGCAUCAUAUGACCCUCCCUGCAUUUCAGUCCCAGGGAGCUCCAGUGACAGGCAGAACUUGACUGUUGGCUCCCUUGUCAGCUGCCUGUCUUUUCUAACUUGCUUCCUCCACAACCAUCGGGGUCUGUUCCGAAGAGAGGGAAUAGGAGCUGAGCUUGCGGAGGCUUUGAAGAAGUACAGCUCAGGCUGUAAUGCCAGAGGAAACAGUAUCUCAACAGCAGGCUGUCCACAGCCACCUGGAGAAGCCAUCAAGUACUGCGAUUCUGUGUAACACCUGUGGGAAUGUGUGCAAAGGAGAAGUUUUGCGAGUCCAGAACAAAUAUUUUCAUAUAAAGUGCUUUGUUUGUAAAGCUUGUGGCUGUGACUUGGCAGAAGGCGGUUUUUUUGUGAGACAGGGAGAAUACAUUUGUACCUUGGACUAUCAAAGACUUUAUGGUACUCGGUGCUUCAGCUGUGAUCAGUUCAUCGAGGGUGAAGUAGUUUCAGCAUUGGGGAAAACCUAUCAUCCAGACUGUUUUGUGUGUGCUGUUUGUAGAUUGCCUUUUCCUCCUGGCGACCGGGUGACCUUUAAUGGGAAGGAAUGUAUCUGCCAAAAGUGUUCCCUGCCUCCAAGUACCAGCGGGAGCUCCUACCUACUCCAAGGACUCCGGAAUUGUGGAGGCUGUGGAGCAGAAAUCAAAAAUGGCCAAUCUCUGGUGGCUCUGGACAAACACUGGCAUUUGGGCUGCUUUAAAUGCAAGACUUGUGGAAAGCAACUGAAUGCAGAGUAUAUUAGCAAGGAUGGUGUCCCCUACUGUGAAGCCGACUAUCAUACUAAGUUUGGCAUUAGAUGCGACAGCUGUGGAAAAUACAUUACAGGCAGAGUUUUGGAGGCAGGAGAAAAACACUAUCAUCCUUCUUGUGCAUUAUGUGUCAGAUGCAGCCAGAUGUUUGCAGAAGGCGAGGAAAUGUAUCUUCAAGGUACAUCCAUCUGGCAUCCAGCCUGUAGACAAGCAGCCAAAACUGAAGAAAAAAAUAAGGAAACAAGAACUUCCUCGGAAAGCAUAAUUUCUGUGCCUGCCUCAAAUACAUCAGGAUCUCCAAGUCGUGUAAUUUAUGCUAAGCUUGGAGAUGAGAUUCUUGACUACAGGGACUUGGCUGCUCUUCCUAAAAACAAGGCCAUCUAUAACAUCGACCGCCCAGAUAUGAUCUCCUACUCUCCAUACAUCAGUUACUCUUCAGGUGACAGGCAUAGUUAUGGAGAGGGUGACCAAGACGAUCGAUCAUACAAGCAAUACAGGACCUCCAGUCCAAGCUCCACAGGAUCUGUCAGCUAUGGGCGUUAUACUCCAACCUCCCGCUCCCCUCAGCAUUACAGCAGACCAGCUGGUACUCUGAGUCUUGGUACCAGUAGCUGCAUCUCCCUGCCCCAACACCCAAGCCCUACAUCUAUGUUCAGACAUCAUUACAUCCCUUACUUCAAAGGCAGUGAAAGUGGCCGGAGCACUCCCAGUUUAUCCAUGUAUUCAGACAGCAAACCUUCACCUUCUACCUAUCAGCAGGCUCCUAGACAUUUCCAUGUACCAGACUCUGGAGUAAAAGAUAACAUCUAUAGGAAACCCCCCAUCUACAAACAAAAUGUGUCAAAGAAAUCGGAUGAAGAUGGAAAUUUUGAUCCAGAUAACCGGAAGCAAAAAACCAGUUGGUUGUUUCUCAAGGGGGAUGUGGACACCAGAACCAACUCACCCGAUCUGGAUACACAGUCCCUAUCUCACAGUAGUGGGACAGAGAGAGACUCUCUUCAGAGAAUGCAAGGAGACUUCUAUUCACGAUUCCCAUAUAACAAAUCUGCUUCUCUCCCUGGAUAUGGAAAGAAUGGAUUCAACCGGAAUGCAAAUAUGGCCCAAUAUGAAGCAGACCAAGAUACCAGUUGGGGGAUGCGAGAAUACAAGAUUUAUCCCUAUGACAUGCUCAUCGUCACAAACCGAAUUCGGGUGAAAUUGCCCAAAGAUGUGGACAGGACCAGACUGGAGAGACACUUGUCCCCUGAAGAGUUCCAGGAAGUCUUUGGGAUGACCACGGAAGAAUUUGAUCGUCUGGCUCUUUGGAAAAGGAACGAAUUAAAGAAGAAGGCAUUGCUUUUCUAACCUCUCCCAGAGGGGGAAAAAUGUGCUUGUUCAGCAAAAACAAAACAAAAAACACAACCUAAAAUAGUGUUCCAGAACUAUCAUACACACUUGCUGCUGCACCAUUCUCCUAUUUCCUUGUGUUCAUGUUGGGGAGAGUGAUCAAAGGAAGAGUUUAGCUCAUAGGAUUUUGGAACAGAGGUCAUUCAGGAAUCUGGGGCUGCUGGGGAUUAGCCAUUGAAUCUUCUCCCCAGCUGGUUAAAGGAGAAAAAAAAGAAUGAAAGGAAGAAAAUAGCCUUAAGUCACCCCUUCCUUUGUAUAACUUAAUAGGAAGGAGCUCUUUAAAGUGGAGGGAGAGGAUAAGGGAAGGGUGAAUCAUAGUUGUGGUGAGAGAAAUGAUAGCUCAUUUGUUGGCUUUUGAGAAAGUGUUUUAAAAUGGUAGAAGAAUGAGGAAGCCUUGGGUGCCACCUUAGAUAAUGGAAGACAGACAAACUUUCCAACAUCAAAGGAAAUAGGAUUUUUAAUUAAGAUUCUAGGCUGAAGAGAGACAGAUUCAUGAAGAGUUUCUUUUUAGGGGGAAGGAGGAAUUCCCCCCAAAAUUAUCAGAAAAUCUUGGAUCAGUUAUAUUUGGAGACAUUGAGCUAUGAUGGUUUGAAAGUGUCACACACACACACACACACACACACACACACACACCUCUCAAUUGUAUCUUUAAUUAUACAAGAGUUUUUAUUUUAUUAAAAAAAAAAGUCUAUUGACACAUGACAGUUAUAGCAUACUAAACAACAAAAUGACCUAUAGAGCUUAAUUUAAAUGUCCCAUUCAACACAAAUCCUGAAGCCUUAUACCUACUGGGUUCAUAGCUGCGUAGUUUCUGUCAUUGCAGUGUUGCUAACCUAUACCUAUAUAAAUAUAUAUAAAUAUACAUAUAUAUUAUAUAUAAUUUUUCUACACUUCCCCCAGGUGAUGUGAAUGGCAUCCCCCUAUAAAAGAAUGCUAUUUGUACAUAUGUGUUAUUAAGACACCACUUUUUCCUCUCCUUCUCUGGCUUCAUCUUGUGAGCCUUAUAAAAAUACUUUAGUCUUCUGACAGCAAAAGCUUGGAACUGUAGGAGCUCAGCAAAUAAAUAAAUAUAUAUAUUAGAAAGCCUAGCUCUCCCUGUGGACAAAUCAAAAAAAAAAAAAAAAAAAAAGGCUGAAUACCUGCAUGUUCCUGGACAAACUGGAUGCCUGCGUAAUCACAGUGUACAAUGGGGAGAUAGGACACUUAGCUUUUGCAAGGCAAAAUUAUUAAAAUGCUUCAUAGGUGUUGGAUGUGAGCGUUAGGUUCCUGAUACAAUGAAGACUAUGAAAUUGCUAACGCCAUAUGGGAAAAAGUCCAGGGUGAUGAGAGGGUUGGAAAUACAGCAAAUCGAUAGUUUUAUGUAAUUCUAAAAAUGCAUUAUCCAAAGUAUAUUUUCCAAGUUCUCUGUUGUGGUCUGCAUUUUUUCUUGUUCAGAAUGUCUAUGUUCCUAGUCUAAAUUCACUCUAGAUCUUUUGGCAGUUCCUUAAAGUAACUGCUCACAAUGUGCACUGCUUCAAACUAAUUCAACAUGUCCAGGGAUGGAGCCUUGUGGUGUUCAACUUUAUGUCUGAAUUAGCUGGUGAGAACAGAGUGGUCAGAAAGGAGCUAUUUUUUUCCUCAGCUCAAAGCUCUGCCUGAUCCUACAGACACCUGGGAAAAUAAAGUCAUUUUUUGCUCAACAAAGUAAAAAGCGUUGUUAUAUAAAUGUGUGUAAUUUAAAAAGGUAUGGGUCUGCUUCAUUGGAUGGCCCCUCUGUUGAGGUUCCUAUGGGAAGAGCAGGAGUCUGGCUUACCCACUGGUCAAGAAUACAAACUAACAUAAGCCAAUUUAGUUUAACCAGUUCUAUCCAAUAAACAUAUAUAUCCAAGGUCCAGAGCUUAAAAUCUAGUCAGAAAAUCAAGUUAGCAAAUGCUACCUUUCCUGCUGCCUCUAUAUUAUGGUCUCCCAGGUUUUGCCAGCCUUAUUGGGUAUGGUCUGUGCACUUUCCUGCUUCCAUUUAUGGAUGAGAGACAAUAUAGUGGACAAAGAAAUGGGAUUGCAAAUCAAGAGACUUGGGGAGACCCAACAAUAACUUUUGUCGCCAAUCAGCUGUGUGGUAGACUUGAACAAGUUACCUCCUCCCUGUAGACCUCGGUUUCUCCAUCUGUAAAAUGAGAGGAUUGGGGAAAAAAUUUCUUAAGAUCCCCUUU